AAUCAUAUUGUUAACUUUUCCUCGGCCUCGGAAAGAAAAAUCAAAGAACAAGUGCAAGAUUUAAAUAAUGGCAUGGUUGCGCAACUUAAUGAAAAUUCCAAAAUUGAUGAUAGUUCUAAUAUGAAUUUUGUCCUUGAAAAAAUUAAUUUUUUUCAAUCUAAAGUUCAAAAAUUAAAUCAAUCUAAUAAAAAAAGAAUAAGAGAGAAAAACUACUUCAAUCGCCGAUUUAUUAUACCUGCUGAAACCACUGAG